GUGGCAUAAUGUGAGUGGACAAAACUUUUAUAGCUUAACGAGUGUGGAGAGUCAAAGUACAUAUCUUUGCUAUUGCGAAUUUCUCCUUUGCUAUAUAAUUUCAUAAAAAGCAACGAGACAAGAACAAUUUCCAGAGUUUGGAGACAUGGGUGUUCCGGUUUUGAUGUUAUUCCUCUUUUCCACAAUACCCAUCACUUCACUUUCUGCACAAAUACACCACCAAGUAGACGAAACAGAGCAAUUGGUUUCAACACAAACCAAACAAUUCGAAAGCAAGGUGAUCGAAGUGAAAGGAGAUCCAGAAUCAGUAAUAUGGGUGGUGCAGCUCUCUGAUCUCCAUUUCAGUGUUCACCACCCUGAUAGAGCGCUAGACUUUAAGAAGAUUGUUGGACCUGCUCUUCAAAUGAUUAACCCUUCUCUUGUUCUCAUCACUGGUGAUCUUACAGAUGGGAAAAGCAAGGACUUGCUAACAAUGAAACAAAAUGAAGAUGAAUGGCUAGAGUACCAAAAUGUAAUGGAAGAUGUUGUCAAAAGAAGAGGACUUGACAAGAACAUCUUCUAUGAUCUCAGAGGAAACCAUGAUAAUUUUGGAGUACCUGCUGUUGGUGGUUCAUUUGAUUUCUUUUUGAACUACAGCAUCAGUGGGCAGUUGGGAAGAAGGAGAAAUGUUAACAGCAUCACAGUUGAGACUGGUGACCGCAAACACCUUUUUGUUGGGUUGGACACUACAAUGUCUGUUGGGUUACGGGGCCCAACCAAUCUUUUUGGGCAUCCUACUGACCAACUAUUAACUCAACUAGAAUCUCAACUCUCACAGUGGGAUUCUCAGUCAAACAAAUCUGUAACUAAGAUAGCCUUUGGACAUUUUCCAGUUUCAUUCUCUGCAUUCUCACAUUCUGGGAAGAGCCUUAAAGAUACAUUUCUUAAUAAUUCAUUAUCAGCAUACCUUUGUGGGCAUCUUCAUAGUAGGUUUGGCAAGAACUUAAAGCGGCACCACCAGUCAAUUAAAAGUUUUUUGUCCUCUCAGAAGUUUCUCCAGUUAAACAUACACCAAGUACCUUCCCAAAGUACUAAAAACUGUUCAUUUGGUGUCUCACCACCUCAAGAGUUCUGGGAGUGGGAAAUGGGUGACUGGAGGAAGAGUAGAGCCAUGCGGAUUAUGGCUAUUGAUAGAGGCCAUGUUUCAUAUUUGGACAUCGAUUUCAAAUCAGGAGCCAGAAAAACCAUUGUAUUGCCCACAUUCCCACUAGACUCACGCACCAUGUCAACAUCUUCAUGGCACCAAAAGUAUGAAUGCCAACAUAUGAUCCCUUCGUCUUUUGAAACAGUUAGAGCUCUUGUUUUUUCUGUUUCUCCAAUUGUCUCUGUUAUGGCUAGGAUCUAUGAUGCAAAUCCUGGAACUUUGAGCAUGGUCAUGGAAACGCCCAUGACAAAAGUUGUGGGGGAAAUGUCCAGGGGAGACUUUUAUGCAGCUCCUUGGAAUUAUAAAGCCUUUGAAGAUCCAUUUCCUGAUAGAUUUUGGCUGCAAAUAGAAGUAAUUGACGUAAUGGGAAGAUCAACUUUGACAGAAUUAAGGCCAUUUUCAGUGAAUGGUCUAAAUGCUAAGAUCUCAUGGACAUGGAAGGAAUUUUUUGUCAUGGGUUGCCAAUGGGCUGCCUUUUAUUACCCAUUAUUCUGGUCGUCUGUAUAUUUUAUGCUCUCCUUGCUGCUUAUUCCAAAAGUUCUUCUCAUAUUUUUAAGGAAGCAAUAUUCUUAUAAGUCUUUUAUUGUUGAAAAAAGCAUCCUAAAUGGUAUAGUAUGGGUUUUACAGGACCUCUCCAGGCUUAGCAUAGCAUGGUUUGGAUUUCUAGUGUACUUAUUCUACCUUUUUUUAUGUCCCUGGUGCAUUGGGCAUGUUUUCACUGAUGGAAGGGAUUUGGGUUACAUGACCUACAUGGGAUGGGUAGUAAGAUCAUUCAGCAACAGCAAAAGACACGAGUAUAUUGGAUUCCCAGAUAUAAUGGUGGUAGUCCUUCCCCAUUUAUUGUUUGUAGUUUUUCCUUCUAUUUUGGUUGCUGGGGCAUUGGCAGCUGAAAGAGGCAUGUUCAAGGAACGUUUUCUUUCAUGUUCAGGAAAGAAAGAAGAUGAUGGUUAUAGUCAGAACAAUCAGAAAUCUCAAAAUUGUGAAAUGCGAGGAAACAGAAGACCAAAAUUUUAUUUUGGUGAGAGGUGGAUUCGGAAAAUGCUCUUGGUGGUUUGCUUGGCAAUCUGUUGGAAGCAUUUUAUGAAUUGCAGAGCCCUCGUGAAAGCUUAUGAGAUGAAUCCCUUGCUGCAUUUUCCGGUGUAUGCCUUUGCAAUUCCAUUACUGUUGGCUUACACUGUGUACAAAACCAGGAGGAUUUAAUGAGUGCUUUGUUAGUCUUGAACCAUAACUGUUCAAUCUCAAAGAAAUGGUAACAGAGAAAGAUCAAUCGAGAGUGCAAGAACAAGAGAAGAUUAUAAGAGAUGGAGAAGAAUAGUGAUUUAGAUUUAGAGAGCAGAGAAAAUUGUAAGGAGACAGUCUCUGUUGCUUAUAUCAAUACAACAAAUUCUUUGCUGUACAACCAUGCAAGGCUGUUAUCUAACGUUACCUAUCACCCCUGAUGAUAACAUGCUGCAGAAAGUGUGAGCCUCGCUCUGCACCAUCAGACAUUUAUUCAUAUGAUCCUUGAAAGGAUUGCAUCAUUCAAUACAAAGCGAGUUACCAGAAACUGUGAAGUAUUGCUGCUUUGGGCUAUAAUGUGGAAAGGACUGCAAGUAAAAAGUCACUUGUCCAACGUGAUUGUUGCUUGGAGCUGAUAACGGGGCACAAAAUAAACACCAAUAAAGAAAACUUAAGUGGCAAUUUUUAUUGGGUAGUUGGCGUAGUUUAUGUAGGUUGAAUACAAUGGGGGAGAUCUUCUGCUCGAGGAUACAUCUCUUUCCCUUUUUGUUCUUCAGUGAACUAUUUUUUUUUCGUUAGUGUUAGGAGUAUUCUGUGUCUUCCAUUGGGAAUGUAAGGAAACUGCUGUGGUAUUCUUAAAUUAACCUUUGCUUUUGAUUUGGUACUAUUAGCAGUGGCAAAUGAGAGUUUUAUGUUCUUUA